AUGUAUUAUAACAAUUAUAGCAACUAUAAUGCUCUUUCAAGAUUAAAUACUGGAUCAUAAUUCUUAAAUCAAAAGAUUUCUAUUAAGUAAUAAAAGGCUUAAGAGUAUUCAGUACCAUUUAGUGUAACAAUGAGUCCAAUAAAAUAAUAACGAGAAUCAUUUUAACCAAUAAUAGAGAAUUACUUCAAAUUAUAAAUAGAAACAUAGGAAGAUAAAAUUUGUUUUGAUUGUUUAAAUAAUUUCAUAACAAACAUGACUUAAGGUAGUAAUAUAACAAAAUAAAUUGUAAUUGAAAAUUUAACUGGAUUGAGAAAUUUGAUUGACUUCAUUUUAAAUUCUAAAUAGGAUCAAUCUGAAAUAGAAUAAUAGAACAGUGGUUUAUAAAGUAUUCAUUCAUCACAAAUUGAAUAAUAAAUGCAUAAUUAAUAAAACAUUCCUGAAAUUUAAUUACUUGAAUAAAAGAGAUUUCCAAAUGGUGUCAAUCGCCUUUUAGAAGAGUAAAAUAAGAGUCUACAAAGUUAUUUGAUAAUACAUUAAUCUUAAUAAAGUGAAGGAUCUUAAGUGAAUCAAAUAGAAAAAUAGAAUGAAUCAGCAGUUGAUAUAUCAAAUUAGAGUUAUUAUUCGGAGUAUAAACGGUAAGCUUAAAAUAUUGAGAUGGAUUUAUAAAGUUUUCUAUAAUAAAAAUGA